GUGAAAGAAGCGUCAACUCUAGGGAGUUCACACAAAGGAACAGUCAAACCAAAUUUACAGGUUGGAGAAUCCGCUGAGGAAGACUCGGAAAAGCGGAAGGAAACGAUCCGAGUUCGGGAAAAACGUGAACAGGAUUCAGGUCAAAGUGCAUUUAACGAACGAAGGAGAUUCUGAGCAAGAAACUUUCCCUUCCUUUCCAAAAUCGUUAUCCUUUUUUUUAAUAGGACUGAUAUUUUUGUAAAAGCAUUCCACUGAUGGCAAACUUCCUAAAAUACUUCACCACCGUGGGCGAUGAUUACCGAAAGUGGCAAGAGGAGGACAGCCAUGAUGAUCUAACAGAUGCUAAUGAAGAAAACCUUCCAUCUGGAUUAUCUUUCAGGGAUGCUCUCAAAUGGUUAUUUAAUUCAAACAAUUUUCAGAUUGCAGUUGUGUGUUUAGUCAUUCUGGAUGCAUUGUUUGUGCUGUGUGAAUUGCUCAUGGAUUUAGCAGUCAUUGAAGCGGACAAAGAGAAAAUAGCACCUCAGGUAUUUCACUACCUGAGUAUUGCUAUUUUGACUUUCUUUAUAUUGGAGCUAAUUGGUAAAUUAUAUGCCUUCCGAAUGGAAUUUUUUUGGCACAAGUUUGAGGUCCUGGAUGCAAUAAUUGUUAUUGUAUCUUUCAUUCUUGAUAUUGUCUACAUCUCCCGCGAAGAUGCCUUUGAUGGCGUGGGCUUACUUAUUCUGCUACGACUGUGGAGAGUGGCAAGAAUAAUAAAUGGAAUCUUGAUGACUGUGAAGUCACGUGCAGUAAAGAAAGAAACUGAGCUCAAACAUGCAAACGCCCACCUCACCCGUAGAAUUGGUGAGCUCCAGAAUGAGUGCAUGCAACUGACACAAGAAGUUGAAAGACUACAUAGAUUGCUCCAGGAACACAGCAUAAACUAUCAGACCAACUAAAAUUGUUUUCUACAUCAGUUUGAAUGAAACCUGAAUAUAGAAUGACACUUGAAACAGAAUAAGACAUAGCUUUUCUUGUGUACAUCAGAAGAUAAUGGUGUACAUUUUCUAACAAUUAUG